CGCCCCAGUCGGCGGGCGCCUGCCGGAGGGGAAGCAUCUCCCGGCCCCUCCCUGCUGCGCGUCUCUCCCUCGCCCCGCCUCCCGCUCGCCGGGCGCCUCGGGCGGGGAUGGCAGCCGCGCGGAGCGAGCGCGCGAUGGAGGCGCCGCGGCGGCCGCACCUGCCGCGCCGGGAGGAGAAGGAGGACGCCGCCGCCGCCGCCUCGUAGGCAGCGCUGCCCGGAUCCCGCCCUGCCUGCCAGCGCUGCCAGCGGCGGACGGGGGAAGAAGGCAGACGUAAGCAGGCUAACUAUAGCAUCUCCCCGGAGCCGGCAGGGAGGCAACCUGGGCGGGCAGCCUGCGCCAUUCCCGGGCGAGGAGCGGCGUAGCUACAGGUGACUCGGGUUCUCCACAGCAUCCCACCCCCCGCUCGGACAUGGGGCUGCCUUGGCGUCUCCUCCUCGCGCUCCUGCUCUUGGCUCACCUGGGCUCGGCCGCCGAGGGCAGCCCGGGGCAGGCGGCGCCUGGCAAAGGGAAAGCGGCCAGAGAGAAGCAGGCGCCUUACCCCAGCGCCAAGAGCGCGGCGGCGGCUCCUCCCUGGAGCGGUUCCCCGGAGAAGAGCCCCGUCUUGGCCCAGAGGCUCUCCCUGGAGGUGCCCGCCAAGGUGGCCUCGUUCCUCCACACGGGCGACCCUCGGGAGCUGAGGCACGCCAACUGCUCCGGGAGGUACGAGCUGGCUCCCCCCUGGGCCGGCAAGUCCCGCCUGGCCGCCUCGCCCCCGUCGCUGCACGGCGCCCUCGACACGCUCCUGCACGCCACCAACUUCCUCAACACCAUCCUGCAGAGCAACCGGAGCCGCGAGCAGAACUUGCAGGAGGACCUGGAGUGGUACCAGAUCCUCAUCAAGAGCCUGCUGGAAGGGGACCCCAACAUCUCCCGGGCGGCCAUCACCUUCAACCUGGAGCCCUGGUCCUCCGCCCCGCAGGUCUUCCUCCAGGCCAUCCGGCAGGACAGCCACAUCCUCCUGCAGGACUUGUCUUCCGGGGCUCACCACCUGGCCAACGCCUCCAGCGAGACCGAGUGGUUCCACGCCUGGAAGCGCAAGGGGAGGCCCCACCAGCACCGCAAGGGCUUGAGUCCUCCUGGUGCCAAGGCUUUGGAGGGCAGCCUGAAGAGGAGGGAUGGGCACCUGGUGGCCUCCGAGAGGAGCCACAUCAAGUGGUCCUCCCCCUACCUGGAGUGUGAGAAUGGGAAUUACAAGCCGGCCUGGCUGGUCACCCUCUCUGCAGCUUUUUAUGGGCUUCAGCCGAACCUCCUUCCUGAAUUCAGGGGUGUUGUGAAAGUGGACAUAAACUUACAAAAAGUGGACAUUGACCAAUGUUCAAAUGAGGGCUGGUUUUCAGGAACUCACACAUGCCACUUAAAUAGCUCCGAGUGUGUGCCAGUGAAGGGCCAUGGAUUUGUACUCGGAGCCUACAAGUGCGUUUGUAAGGCUGGAUUCUAUCGUCCCAAAAUGUUUUCAAUGAACGGCUUUCACAGAAAGGUUGCAGAGAGCCAUUUUCCUGGAGGCGAGAUGUCGGAGAAAAUCUACAGCUGCUUACCCUGCAGGGAAGGAUGUUCUUACUGCACAGAUGAUACUCCCUGCUAUGCACAGGAGGACAAGUAUUUACGGCUUGCUAUCAUCUCAUUCCAAACUCUCUGUAUGCUGCUGGACUUCAUAAGCAUGCUCGUGGUCUACCGGUUUCGCAAAGCAAAGAGCAUUAAGGCAUCUGGUCUCAUUCUCUUGGAGACUAUCCUGUUUGGGUCACUGCUUCUUUACUUCCCGGUUAUCAUUUUGUACUUUGAGCCAAGCACAUUUCGCUGUGUUCUCCUAAGAUGGGUUCGCCUUUUGGGAUUUACUACUGUUUACGGAACUGUUACACUCAAGCUGCACAGGGUUUUGAAAGUGUUCCUGUCACGGACUGUUCAGCGAAUGCCAUACAUGACAGGCGGGCGCGUGAUGAAGAUGCUGGCUGUGAUAUUCCUGGUGGUGCUUUGGUUCCUAAUAGGCUGGACUGCUGCCGUCUGCCAAAACCUGGAGCGAAACAUUUCUCUUGUUGGCCAAGGACAAACCUCAGAUCACCUGAUCUUCAGCAUGUGCCUGAUAGACCGGUGGGAUUAUAUGAUGGCUAUUGCUGAAUUUUUAUUCCUCUUGUGGGGCGUUUAUCUCUGCUAUGCAGUGCGGACCGUGCCCUCGGCGUUUCACGAGCCACGUUAUUUGGCUGUUGCGGUUCACAUUGAGCUCAUUAUCUCUGCUAUAUUCCAUGCAAUUAGGUUCAGUCUUGCCUCAAGACUUCAGUCUGAUUGGAUGCUGAUGUUGUUCUUUGCGCACACACACUUGACUGUGACAGUCACCGUUGGGUUACUUCUGAUCCCGAAGUUUUCCCGUUCAAGCAAUAACCCAAGAGAUGACAUAGCUACUGAGGCUUAUGAAGAUGAACUCGACAUGGGAAGAUCUGGAUCUUACCUGAACAGCAGUAUCAAUUCAGCUUGGAGCGAGCAUAGCUUGGAUCCGGACGAUAUUAGGGAUGAAUUGAAGAAGCUGUAUGCCCAGCUGGAGAUUUAUAAGAGGAAAAAGAUGAUCACCAACAACCCACACCUCCAGAAGAAGAGGUGCUCCAAAAAGGGCUUGGGUCGUUCAAUCAUGCGAAGAAUUACGGAGAUCCCUGAGACAGUCACCAGGCAGUGCUCCCGGGAGGAAAAGGACUUUCUGGAGCAUGGGGUUUCGAAGAAUACUCCUGCGACAAAGAAGAACCCACCGGAUUCUGGGGGACACAUCAAACCGAAGGAAGAAUCCUUGAGGAACCGAGUCUUCUCGUUGAAGAAGUCUCACAGCACUUACGACCACGUCCGGGAGCCGGCCGCAGAGCCUAACAGCUUAACAACAGAAAGCGUGGAGGUCAUCACAGCUACUGAGAAUUCCUUGCUGGAUUCUGCCCCUGGGAAAAAGACCGCAGACAAAACUGAAGCAACGUCCACUGAAAACGUCCCUUUGGUGUGCAAAUCCGUGAGCGCUCACAAUUUGAGCGCAGAUAAGAAGCCCCUUCACCCCAGAACGUCAGUGUUGCAGAAAUCGCUCAGUGUUAUUGCCAGUGCCAAGGAGAAAACGCUGGGGCUGGCCGGGAAAAUGCAAAGCGAAGAGGGCGGUAAGUCGCACAAGUCUCAACAGAAGGGCAAAGAGGGGAGCAAGAAGCACUCGGGCGCCGAUAAAAGCGAGCAUAAGGAUUCUCACCGGAAAAACUCUGCCCAUGCAGACGAGGCGAAGAAGACCCAUAAAUCUGGGAUAAUGAAGCAACAAAAGUCCACUCAGGCAGCUGGGAACCCUGAGGCGGCAGCAGCAGCAGCAGCAGAUAAGACCCUGCCAAAGGGCAAAGUUGACAUAGGAGAGGUUUGCCCCUGGGAAAUCUAUGACCAGAGCCCGGGGUCUGGGCUUUCUGAUUCCAAAGCUCAAAAGCACGUCUCCAUUGCUUCCUCUGAAUCAGAGAAGCAACCCUCUUCCCCGGCCAAGGGCAAAACGCCCCACAAGACUGCGGAAGGCAAUCAGCUCCCCAAUCAAAAGAGCACAGAUAGAUGUGAAGUGUGCCCUUGGGAGACCCAAGAAGAAGAACUGCCAAGUUUGAAGGCUCAGCGGGGCGAGAAUGCUAAUAAACAGUGUGCCCCCAGCGUUUCUGCUGGAGAGCCCAAGGAACUGCGCCAAAAGACAACAGCACAAACCACAGAUACCAAUAAACUGGGAGGCCAGACAAAAAAUUCCUCCUCCUCUCCAGUGGGGAAUGCGCUUCCCUCUGAUUCUGCCAAGCCGGCAGCUAGUAACUCACAGCAACCUUUAAGGUCUCGUGUGGAAAUCUGCCCUUGGGAGUACGAGGCGCCAGAGUUACCCAAAGGGGAGAAAAGUAUAGCUUUAUCGAACGCUACCAGUUUAAGCUCGAAUAAAACGGCGGCGCAUCCUAAAUAAAGAGGGCUUCUUAGACUGCUGGGAAGAGAAGCGAACACCUGAAUGAGAAAGGGCUGAAAAGAGGGAGGGGGGAAAGGUCCCGAGGAUCUGGAAAUUCCAAAGGAGCAUCACUUAAGCAGGCGGCGAGCACCUUGAAUACGUAGGAACUAGGCAAAGUGAAUUGUCUCUUGUUUGUUUGUUUAUUGUUGAGUGCCAACGGGGUUAUCAGUGCGAUCCAGAACAUGAGGAACUGUGGCCCUUCCCUGUCCCCCCAAAAAGAGUUUACAUUCCAAAUGAGCGAAAACAUGCCUUUAGAAAUAAUUUAUUUUUUUUGUAAUAAUGUGCGGGGUUGGUAAGUAAGCGACAUCAAAGUAAUGAAGAUCAAAUGUAAUUAUUCCUAAAGGCCCUGUAGUGGCAUAACGUGGGUUACAAAUUCAUUAAAUGUCAUAAAAUCUAAUGGAGUUGUUGUGAAAGGCCUCGGAUCAGAUGCAGGAUACCACCGAGACUCGAAGCAAAUGGAUGCAGAGAUAAAAAUUGUGUGCUGUGGGAGCAACUCCAGAAACGAAAACGAAACAAAGAAAAUCAUGACUUUUCACUUUCAUGGGAUCAUAGAAUUGCAGAGUUGGAACCCAACCUCCUCCUCAUCUCUGCCCUUGAUAGCACUGCUAACUUAACGCAUCCCCCUCCCCAAUUAUAUUUUUAUAUGAUUGCUCUCAUUUUUCUUAUAAAUGUAUGUACUCUGUGUCUCAUAUUUAAGCAUUCCAGUUUGUAUAAUGUUUGCAAAUAACUUUGAUAUGAUUAUGUGACACAACACAUUUAUGCAAUCUGCAGGUAAAAUCGAAUGUGUGCAAUUCUGAAAGCAAAACUUGCUCUAGAAAUUGGUUGAUUUCUAGGACUUACGGCAAAGCUCCCAAAGGCUCGUUGAAGCUGUAAGAAAAAACACACUGGGGAUUUUAUUUGGCUGUUCUUUUUUAUUUUUUUGGUCGUGGUUUGUAUUGUGGGCUUGUUGUUCUCUCUGUUAUUUCCGAUUAUGAUUUGAUGCUGUACGAUUCAGGGUUUUUAUACGAGGUACGUUCCGUCUCUUGCACUUGUCCGUUGAUGAUCUUUACUAGCGGAAGCCGUCACCUUAGGGAGUUGCACAGCUUGGUAAAUAAUCAUAAUGAUAUUUAUUGUUUCUGUAGCGCUUAGAAAGCAAGCACUGUUUAAAAAUAAAUCUGAGGACAAUGUUUCUUAGAAAACUGGCAAAAUGUUAUUUAUCAUUCCAGAAACUCUACUUUAAUAAUUCUUCAUCGGUAUCUUGCUCAGUACUUUAUAUUGAGCCAGUUGAAGGAAAACGGGGAAAUGUAGAAGAUGUCUUCUGCAGAGUGGGAAUUCUGGAAUGCUGUCUGGAUUCAUGUUUCAGGAGAGGAAUUAGGUUUGAAAGGCCUUGUUCAUCAUACUGUUAAACUUGAGAGAAUCAGAAAGUGAGGAUCCUUCCUGCCCUGCACCUAUUAAGUAAAUGACAGGACAAAUAAAACAGUUAGCCCCCAUUUGUUUCUCUCCUGCAAAGCACUUGUACAGCCAGAUCCUAUGCAUGUUUACUCAGAAAUAAGCAACACUGAGUUCAGUGGGGUUUACUUUCCAGGUAAAUGUGCAGGUUAUGGAUUGCAGCCUUAAUCUGCAAGGUGUUUUUGUGAUCAUUAAUUGUUCUAUAGCACUUUUACCAAAUUAGGUUAUGAUAUCAUUUCUCUCCGUGACCCACCCACCUACUGACCACGGUUGCCAGCUCCUGUCCUGGAUACCGCGAUGAUUGCUUUAAUGACGCCAGCUCAGUAAAACAGCAUUUGGGAAGGGUACCUCCACCCCAGCAGUGCAAUGGUCCGGUUCCUUGUCUUUUGCUCCUGAUGCAAGCAGGACUCCGAUUUUGCCUUAGACUAGAGCAUGUAGGGGAAUUAGUUGAGUGGAGGGCUGAGCACUGAGAUGUAUGCAAGUCCCUGCUCCUAAUCACUGUUUCUCUCUGUAGCAAGGGGGCGGGACCAGUUUCUCUCUGGAUGGAAUUGGGCUCUCAGCUGCCACUGGCCCGACCCAGCAUGGCUGCUGGCAAUGAAUGCUGUGAGUUGGAGCCCCGCGACAUCUGGAGGGCCACAGGUUUCACAUCUGUACUCUGCAUAUUUCAGACAUGGCCUCCACAAUUGCCCCAGCAGUGGGACAUUUUAGGGGCCAGGUUUGGAUGGGAGAGCAUUGGGGAGUUCAGAACUUUCAAGUAUAUAAAGCAGAGACUCGGUAGGAGCAAGAAAGCAGUCCUACUUGGCUGCACCAGGGAGCAAUGUGGGCAACUCCCACCCCCACCGAAGACUGCACUGACACUUCCAGACAAGUCUAACUAGACAUUUUUCAUGCCCCCCUCUCUCUGCUCUGUGUCUUCAACGCACAUAGUUGUUCAUCUGCCUCCUCCCUUUAGCUGGAGAAAUGUCAUAUUCUAAAAAAACUGAUGGGUAUCUCAUACAAAUCCACAGAGGGAAUCCCUCACCUAUCGGGACAAUAUGUCCUAACAGUUAACUCUCUUUGAUGGAAUAUGGGAAAUAUAAUUCUGGGCUUUCUUUCAUUAAAGAGCUUUCCGCCCAACAAAAGACAGCUCAGGCAGCAGUGCUGCCACCACUCCCUAUCACUUUGCUGCUACUUCCUUGCAAGGUUCCUUGCAUUGCACAUGACAUUGUUGCUCUUGAACACUGCCCAGCCCCGUAUAUCCAAGACUCAGUGAUGUGAGCCAGGAAUGGAGUGAAGUGUCACGCAUCACACAUUGCGUCAUUAUGAGGAAGGGGUGGAAAGUGACCAAGAGUAAUGAUGGUCAACUCUGAGUCUCUCAUGUUGCCUAUUUGAGUUGAUGUCCAACUUAGAGCAGUUGAAGCAACCACCGCGAUAUCUGAGUCAGGAGAUGGCUACCCUGCUCAUAAUAUACCAAAUAUUGAUAUAUAUAUAUAUAGAGAGAGAUCUAUGCACUAGCCAAUGCUGGCUUUUAAGCCGUAUCUCAUUCAUCUUCAGUACACCAGGUGAAGUUGGUGGCAUUUUUGUAAGUUGAGAGUGUGAUCUGAAAGCAUAUGAUGCAGUUCUACUGCUGAAGCUAAACAGGUCUGGUCAUGGAAGCUACCUGGAUGGGAGAUAACCACUUGUAGGACACUCUGAGCUUUGGAUGAAGAGCAGUGCAUAAUUUUUUUUUAAGCAAGCACUUUUUAAUCUCCCUUCUACCAGUGAUGGUUGAGAGAUAGUCGUUCACCUAAAGCUAUCAUUCAUUUCUAGCUGAGCAAAAAUUUGAACCUAGUUUCAAGGGAUCCCAAGGAUGAACUAUGCACUAGUCCAGCCAAGAUGUGGACAAUUGCUUAAGGCUGUGUCUAUAACAGUCCCAGCUGAAGCCAAUGGUGUCUUUGAUGGGCAAAAAUGAAUAAAUCUUUGUUAAGGAUGUCAUGGAAUUUUGGAUAACACAGAGGCUGAAGACUAAACAGUAGCAGUUCAGCCUCUUAAAUAUAGCCCUAGGUUAUAGUCUACAUCUCCACCUAGGUACCAAAAUGCCCCAUGAGUUUAAUUUAUUGGGUUAACAUGCCUGCCUCCUGGUGUGUGACCAUGUGUGUUCUCAAAUGAACACAUGGAUCUCUUGCAUGCACAGAGGUCUCAAUAUAUCCCCUUUAAAUGAAGCUGUCUUUCACUUGUGAACUCAGAUUAACCACCUUUAUUGAAAUGAAUGGAGACCCCAUUCUGGCCUGGAUAACUUCAUGCAUGCAUGAAGACAUGGUGGUGACUCCUAACUCCCACCUUACUGAAUCUUCUGACUAAAGUGGUGGGCACACCACUUUAGAAUCCCAGAUAGCAUAUGAAGACAAUUCAUCUCAACUGAGAUGAGCUAUGUACUAUGUAAGGAUAUGUGCAGCAUCUUCUUCUGCACUAUGUAAGGAUGAUGGGGACAGUGUCAGGAUAGGCAACCAGCCACAAGUGAUCUGCAUCCACAUCGGGGGGUGGGGGUGGUUAGGAUGCUUUAUCUGCAUGUAGUGGGGAACCUUUGUUCCUCCUGAAUUUGCUGGACUCCAGCUCCCAUCAGGAUGGCUGGUGAUCAGAGACAAUGGACAUUGGAGUCCAACAUCUGGAGGACUACAGGCUUCCCACUCCCAGUGUAGUUAGUGGCUUUUACUGCCAAGGUACAUCAAAUGAGGAAAACACCUGGAACUGCCCUCCCCAUCUAUAUUCAAAUCCUUGGCAGGUUUUUAUGUGGGACAGCAGCCAAGGAUCCCAUUGGGAGCCUAAGGCAGUUCCUGGACCACAGCACAUAUCUCAAGAAGGAAAUGUUGGGCCGGGGGGGGGGGAUUUAACAACAACGGGGAUGCAAUUGAACUGCCUUCAGAAGUCUGUAUAUUUUGUCUUUCCAAAGUCUGUCAGGAACCGUUUUCUAAAAAGCAAAAACAAAUGUAUUUUUCUUAAAUCAAGAAAAUAGAUAUAAUAUAUUUACAAUAUAUCGUAUAAAAAUAUUUAAUCAUUCAGAAAAGUUAAAGCUGUAGAAGUAAAGAAUUUUGACUCCCCUAAGAAAGAUUCAGACUGAGAAAGAGGAAAGCUCUGGUGUAUCUUACUGGUAUAGGGAAGGCCUGGGGACAAAGAAAGAAAAUAAAGUUGUACAGGUUGGCAUUAUCCUUCUCCACCCCAUAAUACUCAAUCUAAGGUUCAAACUCGUGUAUGCCCUUACGUGUAUGUACGUGUAUGCCUUUAAUUGUCACAAAAUGGCUUUCUCCAGUAGAGAACUUAAGCAGAACCAUGGGAGGUUUGGGGAGGAAGAGAUGUGGUUGUUUUGUUCCCUUUUUCGGCAUGGUAAUGGAAAGCAGGGACCCUCUCCACCGUGGAAGGCAAAUAGGCACAUUCUCAGUGUGGGACCUACUGUGAAAAUCCAUUUGAGAGUUCACAACCUCUUCCUGCAAGGCCUUUUGCUGACCGGCCCCUUUGGGUGCACUGAAACAGGCUAGGCAUGGUGGUAAAAGCAAGAGGCACGUGAUAUUGAACAGCAUUCUCUUUGUCUCUUUAAAGGAGAGGACUUCCUCCAUUCCAUUCCCUUGGUGUUCUUCUGCUCAUUGUAUCUUGUGUUCAAAUUCUCCCGACUCCUGGUUUAACUAGGAUAUUUUCUCAAAUUCUAGAAUUGGAG